AUGAAGAGAUCCUCCACCGUCGCAUCACCACCGUAUCUCUCCCUCUUUCUCCUCCUUAUUCUACCGUCGCUAGCUCAAUCCUCCUCCGACGACUUAAUCGACAAAAUAUGCAAAGCUACACCGUUUUGCGACCUCUGCGAAGCCUCUCUCCGACCACUCACUCCUUCACCUUCCGAUCCCAAAUCUCUAGCCGCCGCAAUGACAAACGUUGUUCUCGGAAACAUAACCGAUACAUUAGUAUACGUCCAGUCUCUGAUCAAACACGCUCACGAUCCUGCGGCGGAGCGAGCCCUGGCUCAAUGCGCCGAGCUAUACCGACCGGUGGUUAAGUUCAACAUUCCUCAGGCGAUCGAAGCAAUGCAGCGAGGGGAGUUUGGAUUCGCGACGUAUGUGCUCGGAGACACCGAGAAACAGACUGAUUCUUGUCAGAAAGGGAUCAAUAGUGCCGGAGCCGAUGAUGAAAGCUCGGUGGCUCUUACGGCAAGAAACAAGCUUGUUAAGAAUCUUUGUGACGUGGCUAUUUCUGUGAUUAAGUCUCUAAUGCAAGGUCCUUAA